CAGCCUACAAUAAAUUUUCAAGAUAUGUAAAUGGAAGGCAUCAAUUAUGUGUGUGCAUAUUUCUGCAUAGAAAUUUAUGGGUGAUUCAGACACUAGAGAGUAAAUUGGGCAAAAGAAAAAUCUGUUGGCAAGAGAAAGUGCAAACAGUUGUCUUAAACAUUAGUUUAAUGGGUAGUUAAUUUAAUUAAGACCAUAACCCUUCACCUCAUCCAUGAAUUAGUUUGCUAAGCUCAAUUUCAUUGCUAAUUUAGCAAAAAAAGAAGCACCGCUUUGAAAUGAACCAUUGAGCAAAAAUGGGGAAAGUACAAACGGAAAACAAUUCUGUGGGCAGAUAGAUACAGUAUUAUUGUAUAGUACAUUUAUUUAGAGAGAGAGAAAGAGAGAGUCUGUGUGAGAGAGAGGAGUAUUUCAGAAGCUCACUGCUUCGCUGAUUUUGAGGCAUGCAAGAAGAGAGAGGAUUCGUACUGCACAAGUUUCACAUAUCUGCUCUCUUUUUUUACUGUAUUCGGGACUCAACACUCUUCUUCACACCCUCAUCUCUGUCCAGUUUCCAUAGCACAGAGAGAGAAUAGGGUGGGUGGAUUAGUGGUUUUCUUUUCCUUUGCCUUCUUCAUUGUUCUUCCUUUUCAUUCUCUGGUUUUCUUGAUCCAUGUCACCGAUUGUAUUGUUCCCUUUGGCUGUUUUCACUUUGGUUUUGUUAGUGUGGGGUUUUGUUUGUAGCUGGGAAGCUCACUGAUCUUUCAAUGACAUAAAAAAGUUUUGUUCUUUCGGGGUUUUUUAAUUCACUUUUUUCGCGAUGGGAGUGAAAUAGCAUAAUGAUUGUGUUUGGCUUCUUUUACUUUUUUUUUUCUCUUCUGGGUUUUGGGGGAAUCUUGCAAUUAGUGUGACAUUUUUUCAAAGUUGUGAUUUUUAUUUUAUGGGGUGUGGCUACUUCUGUAGCAUUGUCCGCUAUUUGAAAUUGGUUGUGUUUGUGUCGUGUGCAGGUGUUUUGAGAUAAUGCUGAGGAAGAGGAACAGGUCCGUGCAGAAGGAACAACACCACAUGAGUAAUCUGACACAGUGUGAAGCCAAUUCAGAGCACUAUUCGCAGACUCAUCAUGGCUUGGGACGCAACAACAUCAAGCGACACUCAAUUUUCAAUGUUCCUUGUCUGUUUGUGGGUCUAGGUCCGAAAGGGUUGUUGGAUUCUGAUUCAGUUAGGAGCCCCACUUCUCCACUUGAUGCUAGAGUUCUUUCAAAUCUAGGCAACCCUGUUAGGAAGCCAAGAUCUUCACCUCAUGAAGGGCACCCAAGGAGUUGGGAUUGUUGCAAAGUAGGUCUAGGCAUUGUGGAGUCUUUGGAAGACUGUUCUAGGUUUUCUGGGAAAAUUCUGCAGUCACCAGAGAGCAAGAGGGUUAAUCUCAGUCCCCAAAUGAUGAUCAAAGCCCCAAAUUGCCAAAUCCAUAGGGAUUUUCUUGAGGGAUCCAAGUCUUUGCCCAAAGAUUUUUGUAAGGCUCCUUAUGCCCCUAAAAAUGGAUCUGUUACCCACAAGGGUGAAUCUGAGUCCACUGUUCUUUUUGAGAUUGGAGAAAGUGGCCUUGACCAUGAACUGUUUGGGAGAACCAGAACCAGGUCUUGUUCAUUGGACUCUUGCAGUCCACUGAAAGAGCUUUCUGGCUUAAACACUUCCUUCUCUGAUUCAGACACUGAAAAUUUUGCUGUGAAAGAUGUGAACAUGCAAUUGUGCUCUCCUCCUCAUUUUAUUGGGGGAAGCCAGUACUCAAAUACCUUCCCCCCACCUACAAAGUUGAACACAAACCCUCUUUCCAUUAGCUCUUCUAAUGAAUUUAUCAACUCUCUGUCUGCUACUGAGAUUGAACGCUCUGAGGACUACACAUGUGUGAUUUCCUACGGCCCUAAUCCCAAAACAACUCACAUUUUUGGGGAUUGCAUUCUGGAGACUCAUUCCAAUGCAUUCAAAAUCCAUGAAGAGAAGGAGAAGGUAGUGAACACUGUUGCUAACAGGUCAGGGACUCCAAACCCAUAUCCCUCAAGCGACUUCUUGAGUUUCUGCCACCAUUGCAACAAGAAACUAGAAGAGGGGAAGGACAUUUAUAUUUAUGGGGGUGAAAAGGCAUUCUGCAGUUUAACUUGUCGUGCCAUGGAGAUCAUGAUUGAUGAGGAGCUAGAGAAAUCCAACACCGACCCUCCUUGUGAAAACUCUGCAAAGCCAAAACUUGGUGAGCUACUUUUUGAAACAGGCAUUCUCACAGGUUCAUAGAAGAAUUAUCUGCCACAUGCACCAUUUGCUCCAUGAGAAUGACACAGGCACCUGAUCAUCUGUUCAGAAGGAGCUGUUUUAUGUGCAUCUUGUUAGCAGCCAUGGAUGAUCGUUUUGUACAUCAUUGUGUCUAAAGCUGGAAUUGGUGUUUCAGCUUUGUCAUGGUCUUUGGUGAAUUGUGACUCUCAAUAAGUUAGUUUUGUUUUCCAUAUAAAUAGAGAUAUAUGUUAUCAAACCAUUGAUAGCCUGCAGAAAAUUAAAGGGUUGAGGUCUAUUUUUCUGGCUUCCCCUUUUGAACUUUUCUUGCAUUAUCUCUAUAUUGUGUCAAUGUAUACAACCCAAAAAAAAAAUAUUUUUUUUAAACUUCUAUGAUAUAUUAUGCUAUUGUCCUA